UACCCCACCUUUGACAGAACAUCUGACGUAAACGCUUCUGACGGUGUAGAAACGUGUGUAUUAAGUCCUUGCUGUGGUUGUGAGUACAGAUCAGAGAUAAGACUGUGUUUGGUAGCAUCUUAUGGACCACAGAGUGGUAGGCAACCAAUGUCUCCACCCCGGCUCACCGGCGGCCUGCGCUCCUUCUCUACUGUAAGCAAGCAUGAAGACUUCUCUGAAGAAGUAUAUGAUCUGAAGACCAAGCGUCUGAAGAGGCAGGAGCUGUUCUCCAGAGAGGGCCUGACAUGGCAGAAUAUAGUCCAGUUCUUCACUCGGCACCUGGAGAAGGCAGAGCAGCAGGCUGCAGCACAGGAGCUGAAGAGCAUCCUACAGGCUGCCAAGCAGAUAGGUGGCGGAGUUUGUUAGUUCCCAGAGCUCCUGUCGCUCCCCUCAGCGUGGCUCGGCCUUUGGACGCAACAUCACCUUCUCCUAUGACUGUUACACCCUGGACCCCCAGGAGGCCCUGCCCUGGGCGGGGGUCCUGAGGACGAGACCCCUGGUGGAGGCCUGGACUUCCAAAGCUUCCUCAACAACCAUCAAGGCCUCUGGGGUAAUGGGGGAGAGGCGGAUGGAGGCAGGCUAAGCCCGGGAGGGGCUCAGAGCCCUGGGGAUGAGACCAACCUGAGGGGGAGGUGGAGAAGUUCCUGAACUGAGGCAACAUGAUCUCCUCCAGCCCUGAGGAACUGUGCACCUCCCUGUUUUUGAUUGACGACGAGCUGCAGAACGCGCUGUUUGAGCUGCUGAGCCCAGAGGGAUUUGAGAUGAUCUCUGUUCUCCCCCAGCGAAGGUCUUCCAUCAUGAAUUCUCUCC